UGGGUUAUUUGUCGUCUGGCUUUUGCCUUUCAGUUGUUUUAUUUUCUAAAUAAAUGCAAAAAAUACAUUCGUUGCAAUGAUUCAGACUAAAAGAUAAAAGAUGUGAACAUGUGUUUUAGAGGAAAGAAGCUCGGAUCAUCUGGAGCUACAAGAAAAGGGCUCAAAACUUUCUGUUCAAAGGAAGUGGUUCCUCCACAAAUGUUUAUACGCCCAAAAUGAUUGUUAGUAAUAAUCUGAUAUACUAUAGACUCACAGUAGUUUUUAUUUGACAUUGAAGAUCCCAGUUUCUUAGAAUAUGACUAAAUGUCGUGAUGAUGCACCAGAUAUUUAAUUAUCUCCACCUGCUGCAGAGUCGUGGGUUUGAAAAUGUUGAGUCUUAAAACUGAAGAUCUGGAAAAACUCCUGAUCCAGAAUAAAUGUGUUUCUGACAUUACGAUGUAAACUUACCUGAUUUUACCUGCUUCUUAAAGACGCGUCAAAGGAAACAGCUGGAAAGGUUGGUGUUAGAGAAGUGGGUUUGUUGCCAUGACGCUGGACUGAAUUCCCAGAAUCCUCCGAUGCAGAGUCAGUCAACACAGACUGUGGUUCGACCGGACAGCUCACACGCCACCGUGUCAUUCGAGCGGCCGAGCUUCUCCGAAACAUCAUGCAUACUCAAAGAGACAAGAAAAACACUGUAAAACUCAACCACACAGAAUAAACUCUGAGCUAAAAUAACAAUAAUGAUUUGAAUGUGAGGCAUCAAAGUGAAUUUGCAUCGAGUUAAACACCUGGUACAAGAACAAUAAUCUGAUGUUUGCAGGGACUCGUCACGAUGUUUGAAUCUUUGGGAGAAAAAAUAGAAUAGUACAACGUGAGGGAACUUCAGGAGGAAACAAGUAUUCAAACAACAUUACAACAAAAUCUACUACACAACAAAGCCAAGAGGUCGGAAUAGAUUCUAAAAAAUACUUUCUGUCAGUUUCUCCUCACCUCAGCCUUAGGAGGUUAUGUUUUCACCCGUCUGUUUGUUUGUUUAGAUAAUAACCACGAAGCCUGGGCGGAUGGAGGCCGAGUGGAUCAGAUAUUCAACUGAGAAAUUCCACUCAACCUCAAUUAUGACAAACGUCACCGGUAACGUAACCUUGGACUUCCGGCUGAGACUGUACAACGAGAUCUUAAACUGCUACCUUCCCACGGUAAUCAUAGUGCCUCCAUUUGCAAUGCCGGCCAACGCUCUGGUCAUAUUCCUCCUGCUGUUCAAACCUGGCAUCUGCUGCACCUCCGAGAUCUUCACCCUCCAGCUGGCGAUAUUUGACAUGUUCUUCUGCUUAAUAAUCAUCACUGAGUACAUCCAGUUCGUGUGGUAUCCAUCCAUGGAGUCGGCCAACUUCGUAGCUUGGAGUUUGAAUCAAGCGGGAGGGCCACUCCUGCUCUGCCUCUUGAGUUUGGACAGCUACGUCGCAGUCUGCCAUCCGCUGGUCUUCCUCCGGCUCAAGGAUCCCAGACUGAGGCUGUCCAUGUGCUUCGUGGUGAACGUCGUCACAGCUUCCUGUUGCCUGCUGAUGAAGUUCUCCAGACCCCUCAGGUGGAAGGUGAUAUCGGUGCUCCUGUGUUGUGCCAUCGCGAUCAUCUCCACCUGCAGCGUACUGAUUCUCAGGUCCCUCAGCCAGACAGGGCCCGGCAGGAAGGAGCUCCACCCUAUGAAGAAGCGCGCAUUCAAAAUAAUGCUCACUUCCUUUGUGCUGGUCAUCGUCCACUACUCCCCUUCGUCCUUGGAAUACCUGCUGAGGUUGUGUGAUCCCACUCUUUUUGGUCCCUACUCGGCCUUCACCAGUGUGACCUACAUAGUUCUGUCUUUGAGCAGCGUCACUCAGCCGCUGUGUUAUCUCACGCGCACCAAGAAGCUGCCGUGUCGCCGCGGCUCUGCUGCCGAGACCAAGACUGUCGCCACGGUUUAGAGACGUUCGUGAACCACAGAGAUAAAUUCAAGAGCUCGGAAAUAGUGCAUAGUGCAUACAGCUGCUUUAUUUUGGAUUCAGAGUAAUCACACACUUCCCUCUGCCAAUCAGGCUGUGUUUUCAACUGCGUUUGUUAGUUCAACAUGACACGAGGAAGAUCCCGUUAGAUUUUGGAAGCAGAUCUGAUUCACUGGGCGGAUCUUUGCAGUGAUCUUAGCUGCGGUGCACACACGGGCGCACAAAGGGUCGUAUGCCACCUGCAGACGAUGAGGUCUGACUAUCGCUCAUCAAGUUAGAGAUGUCUUACGUUAUCUUGAGAGGUGUAAAAAUAUUUUUUUUGUUCUUUAUUGAACUGUCGCAGGACAAAUUUAAAAAACUGUUUGCCGCCACAUUGGAGAUAAUUAAUGGGCGACGCGGCUUUGUCAUGGAGCAGUGGGGCGUUAGCCUUGGCAGAGGUUUGUAGCAUUUUCAUCAGUGUUUGUUUGUUAGUUAGCAAGAUUACGUAAUAUCAUGUAACCGAUUUUCCUGAACUUUUGUAGAUGGAUGGGGCUUAAAUCAAGAGAGAACCUUGUUUGGAGCAGGUGCAGAUUAUCGGGCAGAUUAAGUUUUCUUCCCACUUUCUUUAACUGUGUUUUAAGAUAAAUACAUAAUUUAGGUUAUUGGACCACUUUCUCUUUUUCAUUUAUAAUUUCUACUAAAAGAACUUGACAUGUUUCUGAUUGUUCGGCCUUGGUGGAGGUAUGAGAUCUUCUUGUUACUUCUGAGAAUAUUCAAAAGUUGAAAUAAGUAGUUAGCUUCUGCAUGUGUGUAAAUGCUUGUUUGCAAACCUGAAAUUUGAUUCUUAAAUUUGUGAAACUGGUAAUAUCUGUGAUAAGGACUCGAUAUAAAAAAAGGAAGCUACUCAACAGUGAUUGUACGUCCACAACAACAUUCAUUAUGUUGUCUUUGUUUGUGAAUCUGUUUCUGUAAUGAGCAU